UCAGCCGUGGCUGCCAAUCAAAAGUCUCUGGCCGGCCUGGUUUGCAGCGCAGUUUCUCUAUCCACUGCGCCACCGAUCCACUCUGCCGCAGUUUCUAAUCAUCGCCGCGUGCAGAACCCCUGGGAUUUCCUGUUGCACAGUCUACACUGAACGUCGUUUAAUACCCGAGCCUCGGUCAGGUGCGGGUCGACUACAACGCAUCGCCAUGGGUUUGGUCGGCUGGCAGGCGCAGGGUUACCUCUUGGAAUGCCAUCUCAGUACGAUUACACAGCGGAGAGUUUGAACGCGACCACCGCAUCUCAAGACGCCGUACAGAAGUAAUGGGCGACGGUGAUGGCGGGUUCGUCUAACGACGAGAACGACGUCGAAGACAUCAACAUUACCAGGAACCGCGGAGUUGUGGUUAAAUAACAAAUAACACGAAGUUCACGUUGGGAGAUGCGAGGUACUACAUGGAGAGUGGAACUCACAAAGCCUUCCCUAAAGCCCCCAUAAAGCCUGGAGGGCAAGGCCUCUACGGCUUCCAUAAGAAGAUUGGGCUGAGCGGCUGUCAUGGGACCAUGGCUCUCCGCUUCAGCGGCCACGAUCCCUGCCUGAAAAUCUUCUUCAAAAACACACCGGGUCCCGGCUCCAAAACGUUAUCCGUGUGCGUCGAGAAUGACCCCGUGUACGACAUCGGCCCGCGCACGCAAAAUGAGAUGAUCAGGAACCAAAAAAUCCCGAGCAGCACGUUCAGACAAGUGCCGGCGGGCAACGAGGUGUCGGUGACGAAUGAGGAGCUCGCGGUGCGGACGAGGGCAUCAAUGAGCGAACAGAAGAAGGCGGUUAUCUUGUUAACGGUGGAGUCGAUGAUGCCCAAGGUCGAAGAAGAAGAGACACAGGGGCAUAGCCACGUCCAGAUGGCGCACACAAGGCCGGUGACCGACUUGGUGGUGUACAAAGGCAAGACUGUGGAAGCAAUCCUGGCUGGAAUGAGCACAAGCAUCAAAGUGGCCAUCGAGAUCAGCAACAAGUCGAAAUACACCCUGCACAAACAAUCAUGUUUCGUGGAUUCAGGUGUGGAGGAAUACUCCCCACACUCAGAAAUCAGCCCCGGGGAGAAGCGAGCCUGUGGCUUCUGUAAGUUCAACAUGUCGCUGAAGGGCUGCUACGGGGUCCUGCGCUACUGCAUCAAGGACAACAGAAAGUGCCUGGACAUAAUGUUCAGAAACCCCUACUCGAGCGUUGUGUUCAGCAGAAAGGUGGCCAUACAGCUGCAGGACCUCGCCAACGUGUCCGCACCGUCCGACAGGCUCCUGGCCGAGAUGUACAACUCGAAGGUGACGGAGGGUAUGUUCGACAAGAACGGAGCGGGGGACUCCGACGCCGUGGUGGAGGACAAAAGGGAACUGAACGUCAAGGUGACGGCCAACAUGCAGAACAGCGCGGAGUCCAUCGUCCGCGUGGAGCUGACGGAUAUUCCGCGCGCAAAGCAGAGCAUUGUAAAGAGCUCUCCAGCCAUGAGUGAGUAGGGUUGCGCUUUUACUGGUAGGAACGAAGUUGUAAACUGAGUGUACCAGCCUGCAAUAGAUUAAUGUGUCCGUCCGUCCGUCCGUCCCUUUUCAAUACUUUAACGAAGUGAAAUCUCGUGCUGUUGGGUGUAAUAAAAUUGCGCAAAAUUCCAAUGUUUCUACCAGCCCACCCUGCAGGGACCUGUUAAAUCACCAUCAUCAGAUUGACUAAGGCAUUUUUCCUUAGAACCUCGGAUUAGCACGGUUGGCUAUGUACGGUGGGAAAGAAGUUUAACAUAUAUAGAUUCACACAGAGACCCAUAGACUCACACAAGAGACCCAUUGACCCACACAAAAAACCCAUAGACUUACAGAGACCUAUAGACUAACACAGAGACCCAUAGUUUGUUGUCCUUUCCCCGCACCGAUUAGCACGGUAGGCUACCUAGCGUUGCCACCUUUGAAUUGAACAAAAUGUGGAUAUAGAUUACCCAUGGCUUUAAAUCUUGUAUUUUUUUAGUGCUCUGCAUUGGGGGUUAUAUUAAAAUAUAAAUAUUACAUAAAAUGAACGUAAUUAAGUGAAUUUAAUUAUACAAAGAAUAUUGUAAGAACUUACAGGUGUGGUAGAGUGAUAUUGUAUGCCACAUUCUAUGAUUACAACUGGAACAAGCUAUGAGGCGCAGCACCUGGCCUGCCUCAGGUGGUAAAUCAAAUCUGUACAUGAUGAGUGAAUCCCAAUCCCAUCAGAAUAGAAUUAUUGUGCAGGCCGGAACACCACACGCACUACCUCAAGACAUGCUGAUUCUUAUUAAACAUAGGCAUAGAGGCGCUAUAGCCAAAGAUGUGAACUACAUCGCCUAAUAUGUAGGAGGGUGUGGGUUCGAUCCCGACCCUGACGCCUGUGUAUUUGCAGUUUUUAUCUCUCUUUCCCUGUGUUUGCGUGGAUUUUUCUCUAGAUCAUCCGAUUUUCCCUCCAUUUAGAAUCAACAUCACGCUUUUCGAGUAUUUGGCUGUUAUAAGUUUCCACAUGAUAAGCCACUUCUGUGGCCAGGUCGCUUCUGAAUAAGCUAUAUAGGUAAGUGGGCCUGAUCUUGCAAAAUAAACGUUUAGUUAGUUUAGUUUUCACACACACACACCUCCGUUGGCUACCUACGGUGCGAAAAAUAUUCUACACACAAUAUUGCGUGUGUUAUUUGUUUGACACCGAAGGUAGUUGUGUAAAUUCCACAUUUCUAUGCUGGGGGGAGGAUGCUUAUCCCUGUAUCGUGUGUACUUUUUGUAUCAUCAUCAUCAUCAUAAUCCCAUGCAUCUAACUUGUUGUCUCAUAUAAGCUUUGUGAUUAUAACAAUAAAUCAAAGAAGAAAUUUACCACCCCGUGUCAAUGCACUGUUUGACCAUGCUGAUGGG